GCCAUCCGGUCUCUGGGACGUUUGACGUGGGGUGGUACAUCGAUAUUUAGAACGAUUUUCCUGUCCAAUCUGUCCAUCCUGACGUUAAAUAUAUAUAUAUAGUCGGCGUCUCUGCUACCACAGAUCCCUGUGGUAGAUCUAAAUACAGAACUGGUUCUUCAGGCAUCGAGCGAAGCUUCAAUAUAGGUGGUGACGGGAGGGAGAGCACUAGUCACAGUUUGGUUACCUGCAUAUUCUCAUUUCUUCCUUAUAUUUCCUCUCCUAUAUGGGAUAUUAUAUUUCCUUUUGAUAUGACAGACCUUUCCAGCCUAUCAGAAUCUUGCUGUCUCACGGAGAGCAGUUCUUUCCCCCCAUUAAUUUUCCCUUUAAUCUACUCUCUACAUAUUCCCAUCAGUGCUGCCCACAUAUUAUGGGGAAAUUUUACAGUGGCAUAUUAACCUGCACACCAUUUAGAUGUGGAAGGAAACCCAUAUCAAAAUUGGGAGAGUGUGCCGACUUCAGACAGACAGCACCAGAAAUGAGGAUUGUACACAGGUUGUAGGGAUGGUGAUUCAGCAGUUCAGCUAUGUCGUGAAAUGAUCUUCAAAUGAUAAGGUUUCAAAAUGACCUUCAAUUUCACAAACCCAUCUGGAAGCUUCACAUUUGCAACACAGAAGACCACUGCAGGUGGCACAGGUGGAUUUUCUUUCGGCACCAAUGCAGGAGGUUCUCAAGGAGGCUUCGGCUUUUCAACAGCUCAGCAGUCAGCAGCCACUGCAGCUGCCACCACCUCGGCCCCAAAUGCCAAUAUGUUCUCAUUCGCUACGCCAACUGCAGGGGCAACUUCAUCCACUGGUUUUAGCUUUCCAGCACAACCAGCAGCAACCACCACGGCUGGAAACUUCUUACUCGGAAUGAAUAAAACAAAUUUAUCAUUUGGCAUUGCAACAACGCAGCCAGCCUCUGGCUUCUUUGGUUGCACACCAUCUACGAGUGCGGCAGUGGCAGCCACCUCUACCUGCACUGCCACCACCUCUGCCUUCUCGCUGUCCUCCGGACCGACUUCCCAGAGCCUGGCUCCAACCGGCUUCAAUUUUGGCACCGUCUCAGCUCAGCCAGCUACUGUGGGAUUUGGUGCUGCUGCUUGCUCCACAGCCACGGCCCAGACAACAGCUUCCACUGGAUUUGGAUUUGCCACUGCUCCAGCUGCUUCAACCCAAACAACGACAGCAGGGGGAUUCGGCUUUGCAACCAACACAACCCCAGCACUCGGUGGGUUCAGGUUUGGAACUCCAGCAAAUCCUACGGCAGCCCCUAAGCCAGCAGCGCCAGUCUCUCUUGGAGCACCUGCAGCAGGUUUUUCUUUUGGUACAUCGCCAGCUGUAUCAAGUGCUGCCACAUCAGCUUCUGCUGCACAGAGUCUUACUUUUGGUGCAAAGCCAGCAGGUUUGACCACAGGAUCUUCAACUGGUUCAUCUUCAGCAGGGCCAUCUCUGUUUGCUUCAGUGGUGAGCUCAGAACCUUCCACCUCUACCGUGACUAGUGGAUUUACAUUGACCAGCAAUGCUACUUCAGUUCCAGCUGCCUCUUCAUCUUCUACUCCAUUUGGGUUCAAGCCAACAGGUGCAGCCUUGCCUCUGACUACAGCUACAACCUUGGCUUCUAGCACCUCUGCUGCUGCUACGACAGGCUCUGGAUUUUCAUUGGGCCUGAAGACGCCAGUAAGUUUCUCCAUGACACCAGCUCCAUCUGGGACAACUGCAAGUGUGAGUAGUACUGCAACAGUUACCACCACGACUUUUUGCACCACUGCAACUACCAGUGCAUCCACCAGCAGUGCUGCUGUUACAACCAGUGCCUCUCCAGUUAUGUCGUAUGCUCAGCUGGAAAGUCUGAUCAACAAGUGGAGUGUGGAGCUGGAGGAACAGGAGAAACAGUUCCUACACCAGGCCACACAAGUCAAUGCCUGGGAUCGAAUGCUGAUUGAAAAUGGAGAAAAGAUCACUGCUUUACACCGAGAGGCAGAGAAAGUGAAACUGGAUCAGAAGAGGUUGGACCAAGAACUUGACUUCAUUUUGUCUCAGCAAAAGGAACUCGAAGACCUGCUGGCUCCACUGGAAGAGUCGGUCAGAGACCAUCACGGCACUAUUUAUUUGCAGCAUGCAGAUGAAGAGCGAGAGCACACAUACAAGUUGGCAGAGAAUAUUGAUGCUCAGUUGAAGAGGAUGGCCCAGGAUCUGAAGGAAAUUAUCCAACAUCUGAACACCAGCAACAGCUCUUCUGAAGUCAGUGAUCCGUUGCAACAAAUCUGCAAAAUUCUUAAUGCCCACAUGGAUUCACUGCAGUGGAUUGACCAGAGUUCAGUCUUGCUGCAGAAGAAAGUGGAAGAUGUCUCGAAGCAAUUUGAAUUGCGACGGAAGGAGCAGGAACGAAACUACAGAAUUACGUUUGACUAGACACUGAUAUUUCACUUGCUGUAAACACCUGUACCUUUUUAUCAGCUUUUUUAAAAUAAAGAAUGUGAUUGUCACUUCAGCAGGAACAGAUCUCUGUGUGAAGAUUUGAUGUAGGGCAGGGUUUUGAUUAGUAGGAAUGUAAAGAGUGUGCUGACUGGUUCUGCGAUGGGAAUGGGGGUGCCUACCACGCUGGAACAGAGGCUUGAAAUAAUAUUAGAGGAAGGGGGUGAGGAAAUUUCCUGUCAAGAGUUUCAGUGAGGGGUUUGAAAGUUGUUUUCUGGAAAACUUGUGGACUCUUGACAUCUGCAUUACUGAUGCCUUAUCCUCAGCCAGAUGAAGUGGGUCAUCAAAGCGUACAAUCCUGUCUGCCCUUGGGGAAUGUCUGUUGUAGUUUCCCAUUGUGAAAGUUUGAAGGAGAGGUCUUUCCACUUAUUUCACUUAAAGCUAUAAUUGGAAUCCAAACUUGUGCUUGGCUUUACAAUGGUGAGAACUUGCUAUAAAGCCUUGAAUUAUCCCACUAUUGGAAUGUAUAACAGUCACAAAAAUAUUUCAGCACAGCCAUCAUAUUAUAAGGUAAGCAAGAAAACACCUAUUCAGUCAACUCUGAAAUCUAGUAAGUUCCUUGAGAAAAGAAACAAAGCAAUAAUGACUCGGAUAAGCAACUUCUCCUUUCACUGGUUCUGGAGAAAGCUGAUUGCAUGUUGUGCAUUCACAACUUGAUAUUGAAUUGGCUGUAAUUAGCGUAUUUAUUUCAGGCAUGGGUUACGCGAUACAUAUUAAUAAGGAACAGGUGUGGAUAACUCAGCCCCUCACGUCCAUUUUGCCAUUCAGUGCAUUCUAGAUAUCCUGAUUUCCUAUGGAUGUGAAUCUUGUAUCAUAUACCCUGACAAGCUGUACUAAUUGGCAUUUUAAUAUUUUUUUCCGGUGGUUUCACUGUUGAGAUGGUUAGGAUGGUGGAACAAGUUUUUGUUUCUAUAAAGGUACAAAAAUCUGUCCAAUGAACUUCCCAAGUAAUGACACUAAGUCAUGUGAGUUAUUAGGGCAGAUGACCAAACAUUUUGUCAAAGUUUGAUUGCAUACAUUAUAGAGGGAGAACAUUGGUCCAAAUUCAGGCUAGCUCUCUACAAAAGUAAACUUGCUAAUUGACCUCCCCUUCACAGCUUGAGAUAUACCUCUGUCAGAUGUACCCUCUGUCAAGGGAAAAACAAAUCCAGUUUACCCAGUAUUAUAAUUCAAUCAAGAGCAUCUGGUCAGUCUCUUCUCAAUAAAACUUCUCUCUGCCUCUUCCCUCUGCUACAUGAUUUUUUUUCAGGUCAUCCUCUUUCUAAGAGAAAAAACCCUGCCUGGGUUGAAGCUAAAAUUUCAUAUCACUGUUAUUCUACUAAGUCAUCUUCUAAACCUUUGCAUGUUUUCUAUUGAAUGUGUCCUGAACUGCAUAUAUAUUUACUACAUAUCUGAAAGAUUAAAAAAAUUGAGGAUUUGGGGGAAGUGUCACAGAAGAGGAGUUGAGACUAGCAAUAGCAAGAUCAUAUUAAGAGUGGGAGCAAGCUUGUGGAGCUCGUGGCCUACUACUG